UUGUCUGGGAAGAGGUUGUUGCCCCUGCGCGUUGCACGCUGCACACACUGCCUUUUUCCAUCGUAGUUUCGGUAUGGCGCUGAUGCUUCGACGAGUCGGCUUGUGCGUGGCCAUAUCCCUCGGCCUUGCGCAAGCGUUCCUGACGUCUGCAAGCCUUCCUAACUCUUCUUCCUUGAAACAACACGGCCCCAGCUCAAGGUCAUCGGUUGCGGGCGCCCGCAGCAGCAGUGAUGUUCGAGGUGGUGCUCGCUCUGUGGGUCACGCCAGCAACACGGGAACGGUCAUGAGCGGGGGGGAGAACGAUCUGUAUGUCGUGGGAGCUGGCUACCUUGGCAAGAUCAUCGGGGAGAAGUGGGGCUCGAAGCAUCCCGAGGCGAAGAUGUACGGUGAGACCCGCUCGUACACGCGGCACGAGACGUUCAUGCCGCCGGGGAUGACCCAUGUCAUGCGAAAGAACAGGGAGGAGGAGGGGGUCAAGUGCCCCAACGUGGUGUUCUGUGCCAACCCCGGCGGCAACAAGGACUACGCGCGAGAAGUUUUCACGGCGAUGGAGGACGUGUGGGACGGAACGGGGAUGUUCGUUUUCACGUCGUCGGGCAGCGUGUACGCGGAGAAGGACGGAGGAGUGGUCACCGAAGACUCGCCUAUCGACGAAGCCAAAGUUAGCUCGCCGCUCAGAAUCGCCGAGUUGGUGACCUUGGAUGGCGGCGGCUGCGUGGUGAGAUUAGCCGGCCUCUACUCCGCAGAGAGGGGGCCGCACUCUGUCUGGCUGAAAGAGAAAAGGCUGAACCACCACUCUCAGGGGAAGAUCAACCUGGUGUCCUACAAGGACGCCGCCUCCGCCGUCGUGGCGGCUCUCCAGGCGGGGAUCAACCAGAUCAAGGACGUGGACGGCGCUCCCGAGGUGAAGGGCAAGGUCUUCCUCGCCGCGGACCACUCCCCCACGACGCGGCGCAACAUCUGCAAGGUGGCCCUGGAGCACCCGAUCUACUUCCGCAGGUCCAUGCCCAAGUUUACGCAGGACGCCACGCCGCCCGAGUUCGCGGUGACAGGAGCCAGGAAGGUGUACGACUCGAGCGCGACCAGGAGAGUGCUGGGGUGGGAGCCCGAGUUCAAGUCCUUCGAGGAGUACUUUAGGAUAGAGCUGCAAGAGCUGGAGGAGAACGAGCGGCGGGCGGAGGAGAAGGCGGCCGCGGAGGCGGCGGCCGCGGAGAAAACGGCGGCACUGCCGGAGUGAAAAUGAGUGUUUGCCCGGUCGGUUUUCGCGUCCCCGUGUUCAUUUGGUUGUUUUGUUUGUUUGGUAGGUCAUAACCCGGCUGCGCCGUCUCGUUUUUUUUGUUGUCGCUCGGCGCCUGCCUUGAAAUUCGUGGACAGUCAAACGUGGAGGUGGCGUGCUGCUGCUGCUGCUGCUGCUGCUGCUGCUGCUGCUGCUGCUGCAAGAUGCUGAUCUCGUCGGGUUGCUGCUGUACCUCUUUCUCAAGGGGUUUCGAUGAUGACGGUUGCAGUAAUUUUUUCAUGUGAUUAUACGGGCUUGCGUCUAUGCCAACCCGUUUCUCCGACAUACGCACACACCUCGACACACAGCAGCUGCUGGUCUUCUUCCGUGGUGGUGUGCUGUCCACGCCCCGUCUGUGUUGGUUCCGUGUGUACCAGUGUUUGUUGCGUUUCACUCCCCUCCCACUGAGGUGUUGUUGCGGUUAGUGUGUAACGGCAGCGCUAACGCACGUCAAGUAGCAUUGGUCUCCAUUUCGUUCGCCUUGUGCGUCGGCUUGUGCUGGUGCGACUGGUGGGCGAAGCAAAUCACACGAAAGAGUUGCGUGUUUUUUUUCUCUGUACGCGUGCUUUUUUCUGUACCAAGUAUCUAGCAUCGGGAUAAACUCUACCACUGCUCUUUCGGGCGCUUUGCUUGUUGUGUGUUGGCUGAUUUUGUAUGUGGUAGCAUGCUUCACAUGGAAGUGUACGAUGUUUGUGUGCGUGGAUUGGCGUCCUCGCCCUAGAUACCGCUGUACAAGUCUGAGGAACAAUAAGGCCACCCUGUUGGAGGACGGUAGCAUUGAUUAGUGUGAGCAUCCAAGUGAGUAGUCCUGCCCAGGCGUAUGGGUAGGAUGGGCAAAGUGACCGUCCAUUCAUUAUCCAUAUAGAGCAACAGAUGGCGAUGUCCCUUUCCAUAAUGAACGGGGAGAACUGCUGUGAUUUAUGAAAGAGCAGUCGAUUUAUUUGUUUUUUGUGCAUCCGGAUUGAUUCCUGCAGAAUCGGUCGAGAAAUAAUGGCGGGUUCUGAGCUAAAACCGCCUCUUAUUCCUUAGACUACAAGAAGUACUUCGUAUUUUCUUUUUUCUGUUUUGUGAUCUUUGAGGACAAGCCACAUCAUCAAGCCCUCGAGAGAGGUGGUGGAGAGUGCCAUGAAACCCGUACAACAGCGGAGUGCAUAUGGUUGUGCGCGAUGUGUGGCAGUACUACAGUACAGCACUCACUGUGAACAGCAGGGGCGCGGGGGGGGUUUCACGAGUGUUUCAGAACGCGGCCAGGAAUGAGUUUGAUGUCUGAAAUUUUGGACACGUUUCCGUUAGAUCACGGGAUCACGAAAAUAUACUUUUUGUUUCAUUUGGCCAUCACUCACGAAUAAGUGGAGGGAAUCGAGGGAAAAUCGCCGCCGCGGGGCCCC